AAAAAAAAAGUAGAUGGUAAUACCUAAUCCUUUACCAGAAAGAAUGGAUUCACUCUAUUACAAACAUCUAAAUAGAGAGUCAUCACCACCUCCUCAAGAUCAUGUUCCUGUCUCAAUCGAAAAUAGCGCUUUUACAACUAGUUUAACACCAGCCGAUAAUUUUCGUAAAAGAAACAAUAACAUGACACGUAAUAACGACUAUGACUUUUAUGAGGAUUCUUCAGAUGCAGAUUUGUUAAUUAAAUCAAAAUCAUAUAAACUACAACAAAGAAAAGAAGCUAUGAGGAAGCAGUCCCGUAAAAGAGAUUGGUAUAUUGCACUUGGUUUAACAUUAUGGGCUGCUUAUAUUCGCUUAUACAAAAUAUAUCAGCCUCCUUCUGUUGUAUUUGAUGAAGUCCAUUUUGGCGGUUUUGCAACAAAAUACAUUAAAACUCGAUUUUUUAUGGACGUUCAUCCUCCUUUAGCAAAAAUGAUGAUUGCGCUUGUUGGUAAAUUAGCUGGUUUAACUAAUUUUGACUUUAAAGAGAUUGGAAAAGAUUAUCUUGAAGAACAUGUUCCUUAUGUAAUUAUGCGAACAUUUUGUGGCAUAAUGGGUUUAUUGGUUGUACCAAUUGCUUAUCUUACUAUACGCGGUGCUGGACAUUCUAUUGCUGCUGGUUUAGUCGCUGCUUUUAUGGUUUGUUAUGAAAAUGGGUUGAUUACAAAUAAUAGAUUAAUCUUAUUGGAUCCACCACUUUUAUUCUUCACUGCUGCUACAACACUUGUAUGGAUUAAUUUUCACAAUCAAAAACGCAAGCCAUUUCAAUUUUGGUGGUAUUUUGGAUUAACAGUAAGCUGUAAAUGGGUUGGAUUAUUUACUAUUGCUACUAUUGGUGCUUCAACAAUCAAAGGAUUAUGGGAAAUUUGGGGAAAUACACGUAUUCCUCUUCAUGCAUUUAUUAGACAUUUUAGUGCACGCGCUGUAGCAUUGAUUGUUGUACCUAUUUUCAUAUAUAUGCUUAUGUUUCAAAUUCAUUUUCAUUCAUUACCAAAUAGUGGUGAAGGUGAUGGAUUUAUGUCACCAGAAUUUCAACAAACUUUAGAUGGAUAUGCGGACAUUAAUACACCUAUUGAUAUUGCAUAUGGUUCUAAAGUAUAUAUUAGACAUGUAGCUACAAAGGGUGGAUAUCUUCACUCCCAUUCUCAUAAUUAUCCUGCAGGCAGUAAACAGCAACAAGUUACUUUAUAUCCUCAUCGUGAUGAUAACAACUGGUGGACAAUUCUCAAAGUGAAUGAUGUUGAACCUACUGGUAUUGAAUACAUCAAAGAUGGCGAUAUCAUUACACUUAAGCAUUUGAAUUCUGAUAAGCGUUUGCAUUCACAUGAAAUAAGACCACCAAUGACUGAUCUUGAAUAUCAUAAUGAAGUUAGUUGUUAUGGAUUCGAUAAUUUUACUGGUGAUAGUAAUGAUCAAUGGAGAGUACAUAUUAUUAGUGGUGAGAAAUCCGAUCCAGAAUCUACUAAGAGACUCAGAACAAUUCAUACAAAGUUUGCACUUGUCCAUGUUAUGACGCAUUGUUCCUUAUUUUCUCACCCUGUAAAGUUACCUGAAUGGGGCUUUGGUCAACAAGAGGUAACAUGUAUCAAAGAUGGAAAAGUUGAGAAAACUGUUUGGUAUGUGGAAUCUACUGAAAAUCCACUAUUGCCUGAGGACACAGAGAAAGUCAGUUAUAAGAAGUUAGGAUUUUUAAGUAAAUUUAUUGAAUUAAAUAAGGUCAUGUGGGAGACGAAUAAAGGUUUAACCUCAUCUCAUCCUUAUGAUUCAAGACCAGAGUCGUGGCCCUUAUUGCGUCGGGGUAUCAAUUAUUGGUCAAAAGACAAACUUCAUUUAUAUUUGUUAGGAAACCCUUUAGUGUAUUGGACAAGUACUAUAUCUAUCUUGGUCUGUAUUAUUCUAAAAGCUGCUUUUGUUAUUCUGGAUAAAAGAGGAAUAAAGAAGGACUUUGGUGAAUUAAGGAAAUUCUAUGAUGAAUCAGCUGGGUUUUUCCUAGUUGGGUGGGCAUUCCAUUAUUUUCCCUUUUUCUUGAUGGGCCGACAAUUGUUCUUACACCAUUAUAUGCCGGCUCUUUAUUUUGCAAUCUUACUUUUCAGCGUUGGCUUUGACAUGUUAACAGUGAGACUUGUUAAUCGAAAGAGGUUAAUGGCAGCUGGUUUAUUUAUUAUUUCUAUUAUUUACGUUUACCGAUUCUUUAUUCCUAUUACAUAUGGUGAACCUUGGACUCAGUCACUUUGCGAGAAAGCAAAAUGGAGAUCUACAUGGGAUUUUGAUUGUGCACAGUAGAGUAAUUUUCAUCUUGUGUAUUACUCCAUUACUAACUAAAAUCCUACCCUUCGUUAUAGGUAUCAUCAAGAUCUUGGAAGUUAUAAUAUUUCAAAGCCAUUGAUUAUUGAUGGCUUUGAUAAAGUUAAAGAUGUUGUUAGUUCAUACUGGGGACAACAACGACAAGCAAAGGUCGUUGAGGGCGUUAAUAUAGUUUCAGAUAAAAUGAAUUUACCUUUAAUAGACACAUCAUUAUUGGAAGAAGUACCAAGUGUAACUCAGUUAGUAGACUUCGAAUAGUAAACUUUUACAUUGUACUACAUUGUCUUGAAAAAGAAAUCCCUUUUCAUAAUAUAAAAUCUUUAAUUCUUAUGUGCGAAGAACAUAUGUCUUUUUCUUUAUUAAAUAAAAUAUAUUAUUUUCUCAUUC